AUGCUUGAAUAUGAGAGUGACGUAGUGACUGAAAACUCUAGCAUGAGCUACUAUUUAGAAUUACAGGAUAUUCAGUAUUUCAUUGAUAUCGAGAACUGUGUCAUUAUCUUUUAUAUUGUUUUUUCUAUCAUACUAUCAAUAGUUUUAAAAUGGAAGUGUAAAGUAUUUGAAUCCAGCAAUCAUUUUACUCUCAUAUUUUACUUCUGCACUGCGGUAGUCAUUCUUGGGAGCUUGUUGUAUACUGUCACCACAUUUACCCUACUGUAUUUCAAAAGUAUCAGACACAUCUUCUUGAUUAUGUUUCUUUUUAUUCAAAUGGCGUUGAAGUUUUGCGCUCCUUUCAUCUCACCAGUUAUCACCACAAUGACAUUUCUUUACUCUUUCUCUUUUGUUUUUCAGAGAACUGAAACUUUGAAAACAGCAUUUCAAUCGAAAACUGGAUCUCGAACCAUUUGGAUAAUAUCUUCAGUGUAUGGGUUGUGGGUCCACCCUUUUAAUAGCCACAAUAAGAGUGUGCUAUAUUAUGACACCAAUCACUAUUUGUAUCAGCUGAUUUCUAUAAAUCUAUUUGAUUGUUUUAUAAUACUUUGUACAACAAUACUGGUUGGUAUCAAACUUUUGAAUGUUUACAAACACCCGAAACAUCUUUCAAAUUAUGAAAUUGCAAGUUUAAUUCAUGUUACUGUAAUAUUAUUCUUUCAACACAUUUUAUUUAUAUUCAACCUAGUUAUGCUAAAUAGCUCUAAUGUGGAAAGAUUGGAAAGUUUGAAAAACGUUCUUAUGGAAAAACGCGGCACCUGGCAAAUUUUUUGCAUAUUUGGCCCAUUUUCUUAUCCAUAUUCAAUUCUGUCCAAAGUUUACGGUGACAAUGAAGAUAAUGAUGUAGAAGCAGAAGAAUAUACUGAUAUUCGAUUCAUCAGAGAAAGAGAUCAUACUCAUUCACCAUCCGCCAAAAUGAACUGCGAACGAGAAAAAGGGGACUGGGGAAGAAGCAAAAGUGCUUGUGUUUCCUUUUAUAGUUUUCUUUUAAUAAUUCUUUUCAUAAAACAUUCAAAUUCAUCAAACUCUUCUAGAGGAGGAGAUCUUCUUUCACUUCAGCGGCUUGAUGUACGGUCCUUCAUUGCUUCGUCGUCACCUAUAACGCACCUCCCGCAAACACUCUCACGAGAUGUUGCGGACAUUCAAAUCUGA